GAACCCUUUAAGGACUACAUUAGUGCCUGAACGUUUUAUUGCUAUGGCGAGGCGGCUUCUUUUUCUUUUGAAACUCGCUGCAGCCGGGGACUGUUCUUUCAGUUUUUCCCGCCCGCAAAGCACAGACCGUGCGAUCCCAAGCACGGAUGAAGCUGGACUGCACCUGGCCUGGCAAGAGAAGGACGCGCUGUACGUCCAGGACAUCAGCCGUGACGGCUGCCACCAGAGCGCACCCAGCUUGCUCAAUCGUUCGGCAAGCCUGGCCUUCCCCGGCAACGGCCUGGCGGCUUCGCUGGCGACGACGAAGGGAUUGGCGGUGGCCUGGAAAGACCAGGGCAGCAUCUUCCUGAAACUUGGGGAUUUGGGACCGGUGCAACUCAACUCCACAUGGUCUGUAGCUCCUUCGGUGGCUUUAGCUGAGACGGACUGCGGUGUUGCCAUUUCCUGGAGUACCUGGCAGGAUGGCUGGGUCACGGAAAUCCGGCGAUGCUGCGUGAGCUGCGGACAGCUGGACUGUAGCUCGAAGCUUGAUUUGCACCGGAACAUUACGAUGCCUUCCCACUGGCUUCCACAGAUGCUUUGGUGUGAUGGCCUUUGGGCCUUGUUCAAUGAUGGACCUUAUUUGAAUUUCUUGGGCCACGACUCCCUGAGUUCUGGACCCACGGUGGACUUUCACGACGAGGUGAUCACCGCUGCCAUGGAUUGCACUGGCAAAGAGGUGGUGACCUUGUGGGUGGAGAAGAACGGCACGGUCCAGUGGAGAUACACACCGAGCCCGAGUGGAACACCUCCAAGCUUGCUGAAGGGCCGGCGCCUGGAACGCAGGGAGUCUCUGGGCGUGGAGCCGGGAGAGGUCUCGGUCUUCGUGUCGCAGGGCUUUCUCCUCGUGGUGAACAACGCGGUGAAGCUGCAGGUGCAACUGCUCAAUUACAUGCACUCCGCGCGCUACCCAGUGCAUGAUCUGGCAAUCGGGGCACAAGACGUGGAGAUUGCGAUGGACUGUGCAGGGGAGUGCCACGGUGUUUUCAUUUGCUGGUCUUCCGCAGGUGACUUUGGACAAGAUGGCAGCUUUCACUGCACCUACAAAGGCUUAGUUGCCUUGAUAGACGUAGACGGCCUGGGUGCUGGAGGGCAGAUGAUCAUCGUGAUAGUGUUUUCCUUGCUCUUCUUAUUGUGCCUUCUGAAGCAGUGCUCGGGAGGUGGCUUUCGGAGACGUCUUUUCACCAGAGCCGAGGAACCUCCGCAGCGGCGUGAGGCCCGUGCGAGGACCUCGGAGCUGCGAAGCCAGUUGGCCCAAAUCCCAAUGGUCCCAGUUCAAGGAUGUGAGAAUCCAUCUACAUCGCCUUGCACCAUUUGCCAGAGCGAGGUUGUGGUCCGGGUGGCGCUUCAACGGUGUGGCCAUACAGCCUGCAGGGAUUGUACAACUCGCCUUGUGGACAUGGCACAGCCGUGCCACAUUUGUCGCGCCCCCAUCGAGGGCCUCCAAAUUGUUUAUGUUUGAGAUGCAGCCUUUGGCGGCAUGGUUUGCGCCUGCCAAGCAGUCGCGAAGAAUAGAAGCAUUUGUACAAAAGAUUGCAUUCGAUCUCAGUUACAACAAA